GCCGCGCUGAGUCACGUUAGGUUUCAGAGCAGGAGCCGAGAAGUGCCGCUGUCACUGAAUCAGCCCAUCGACAAAGAGCAUCAUGGGUAAAAAGAGUCGAGUAAAGACACAGCGGUCUGGAGGUUCAGGAGGAGCCAGUGCAACUGUUUCUCCCAAAGAGAUGAUGAACCUGAUCUCAGAGCUGCUGCAGAAAUGCAGCAGUGCAGCGCCAUCUGCUGGGGAAGAGUGGGAAGAGUACGUUCAGAUCAGAAGCCUGGUGGAGAAGAUUCGUAAGAAACAGAAAGGUCUAUCAGUGGUGUUUAAUAGCAGCAGGCAGCAGUAUUUCUCGGAGCUGAUGGUGUGGGCUGAGGAGAACGGGGCAUCCUGUGAAGGAUUCUGUGUGUCGGACUUUGGAUCAGAGGGAUUCGGACUGAAAGCCACCAGAGAUAUCAAGGCCGAGGAGCUGUUCCUGUGGGUCCCCAGAAAGAUGUUGAUGACGGUGGAGUCUGCCCAGAGCUCCUUUCUCGGUCCUCUGUACAGUCAGGACCGGAUCCUACAGGCCAUGGGGAACGUGACGCUGGCAUUGCACCUGCUUUGCGAGCGAGCCGACGCGUCCUCAUCAUGGCUGCCAUACAUCCGCAGUCUUCCUCAGGAGUACGACACACCGCUCUACUACCUGCAGGAGGAGGUUCAACUGCUAGUUGGAACACAGGCUGUGCAUGAUGUGCUGAGCCAAUACAAGAACACGGCGAGACAGUAUGCUUACUUCUACAAACUGCUGCAGACUCAUCCUGCUGCGAGCAAACUGCCUCUGAAGGACAGCUUCACCUUCGACGACUACAGGUGGGCAGUGUCCUCUGUGAUGACCCGCCAGAAUCAGAUUCCCACGGAAGAUGGCAGCCGAGUCACACUGGCCCUCAUCCCGCUUUGGGACAUGUGCAACCAUACCAAUGGACUGAUCACUACAGGAUAUAACCUGGAGGAUGACCGCUGUGAGUGUGUUGCUCUGCAGGAUUACAAGGAGAACGAGCAGAUCUACAUCUUCUACGGCACACGAUCGAAUGCAGAGUUUGUGAUCCACAACGGCUUCUUCUUCCAGGAAAACACUCAUGACAGAGUCAAGAUCAAACUGGGUGUGAGCAAGAGUGAGCGUCUGUACGCCAUGAAGGCUGAGGUGCUCGCUAGAGCGGGGAUACCUGCGUCCUGUAUCUUUGCUCUCCACUGUAAUGAACCUCCGAUCUCUGCUCAACUGCUUGCCUUCCUCCGAGUCUUCUGUAUGACCGAGGAGGAGCUGAAGGAGUACCUGCUGGGCGACGGCACUGUCAGUAAGAUCUUCACACUAGGAAACAGUGAGUUCCCCGUCAGCUGGGACAAUGAGAUCAAACUGUGGACCUUCCUGGAGACCCGAGCUGCCCUGCUGCUCAAGACCUACAAGACCACAUCAGAGGAGGAUCGCUCCCUCCUGGAGAAGCCCGAUCUCUCCCUUCACUCUCGCAUGGCGAUCCAGCUGCGUCUUGCAGAGAAGCAGAUCCUUGAGAAAGCAUCGGCCAGCGGGCGAGCUAAACGUCUUCAUUUUCAGAAGAAGCUAGAGGAGAAUGUUCCUCUGCCUCGCUACGACGAGAGCGACAUGGCUCUGCUGGAGAACUCCCAAUCAAAGCUCCCCAUCAUCCUGCGUCAGCUCGAGGAGGUGGAGGAGGGACAGGAGGUCCCCGAGGAGGAGCACAGCCUCCUGCUGAAUGGGCAAAAGGCGGUGUACGGGACAAUGAAGGAGGGGGACGAGCAGAAGGAGGUGAAUGAAAGAAAAGAGGCAACUGAACAGAAGGACGUGUAUGAGAUGAAAAAGGAGGCAAACGGCACGGGCACACAAGAGGACAUCAAAGCAGACGUCGAUCUGGACUCAAUGGAGAAAGGUCAAAGGGAGGCUAGUCGGACUGAAGACAAGGGGGAAUAAUUGUUACCAUUGGCAACAAUAUUUAUUUAUAUACGUCUCCAAAGACUGAAAUUUAAGAAGAAAAAAUCUGAACUUAAGUGACUUUGAGAGAGAGAUCGUAUCAAUAAAAAUGUUGGUUUGAGACAUCGAUUAACAUCUAACAUUUCAUAAAAAGAGAUUGAUUUGAUUGACAGACUCACACUGUGUGUAGUUGUGUGUCUGUGUUUGUUUGCCAUCAUACGUGUUCUCUGCGUGUUUGAGACAAUCAUCAGCUGAAUGACGCCUUUAAGGGGCUUGUGUUUACCAUUUUCAUGACAACAGACUAUGAAAGCUACUCCCCUGUGUGAUGACAUUGUUAGUCUGCAUUUUCUGAGAGCUUCGAGUUCAUGGCGCUCUGGAUGACUGUUGUAGAAAUGGCGGAGCCCACAGAUAUUAGUUUUUAGCCUCAGUCUGGAACUUAUACAGAGUGAUGGGGAGCGUUGAUUUAGAUUGUCACCUUUGUCGCCUUGUUUCUGGUACUUCCUUGUAGAGUUUAUACACAAAUAAAUAAUUUUAACAUUUAAUAUAUGUAUGAGAAGGAGUACAAGCCAUCUGUUAGUGUCCAUGCUACUUUGAUGUUGUCUUAUAUUAUUAUUAAGACAAUAUUAUGGUUUUUCCAUACAGUUACCAUUUAAACACAAAGCCUUUCCUGCACACGACGGCAUGUCUUUAUGAGCCUUAUGGGAAGGAAGCAUCAGACAAACUCAACUCUGUUCUGGUUCAACAAAUAAAGGAUGCUGAGUAUACUCCAGUGAACGCUGUAUACCUAAGAUAUGGAGCUCAAAUGCUGAAGUUUAAGCUCUAAAUUUAUAAUGGUAGACUUGUGACACUCCUGAUAACGCUGUUUAUUUUGACUGAGUUUUAGCACUCUAUUUAGAGCUCUUAAGCCCAAAACACACCAGCGCCAUCCGAUGUGCAUCAAAACGAUCAUACCCUGUAUUUUCUAAAAGCAAACCCACACCAGCGAUGGCCAGUCGCCUGUGGAUGCGCCACACUCUGGUACUUCCGCCCUAUUUCUCCCUGAGAGAACAGCUAUUAUUUCAGUCUUGGCUGCCAUAGGAGAAGCUCUGUUUGAGGCGGUUUGACAGUAACAGUCCCAAGUUAGAGCUCUGUAAAAAUAUUGAAGGCUCAGAAACUCCAAGCUCUUUGACAUGUACAUUUAAACUUAAGUUAGAGCUCUGCUAUAAAUUAAGAGCUCAAACACUGAAGUAAGAGCUCUGCAAUUAAUGAAUAUAGAGCUCAAACACUCAAGUAAGAGUUCUGUAAUUAAUAAAUAGAGCUCAAACACUGAAGUAAGAGUUCUGUAAUUAAUAAAUAGAGCUCACUCAAGUAAGAGUUCUGUAAUUAAUAAAUAGAGCUCAAACACUCAAGUAAGAAUUCUGUAAUUAAUAAAUAGAGCUCAAACACUCAAGUAAGAGUUCUGUAAUCAAUAAAUAGAGCUCAAACACUCA